AUGCACCCAGCUACUUCUGUUCCUGCCACACAGAACAAGGAGAGGGGAGGAAGGGAGGGGAUGAAGGGCUGUCUGGAGUAUGGGAGAGACAGUCGUUCACAAGUUGUGGCAGCAGUGACAUCACUCAUCUCUCACGCCACUCACUCCCCGUUCCCUUCCCUCACCUCCCCUCCCAUCGCCUCCCCUCCCCUCUCUUGCCCCCGCCUCCCCUGCCCUGCCCUUCGCUGUGCCUGCCCUGCCAUGCCCUGCCCUGCCCUGUCUUCCCCUACCCUCCCCCGCCCUGCCCUGUCCUCCCGUCCCCUGCCCUCCCUGACAUCCCUACCCAAUCCUUCCGUCUCUUCCCGCCCUGCCGUCCUUCCCCGCCUCUCGUCCCGUCCCUCUCCGUCCCGCUCCCCACUCGUUCCUUCCCGUCCUUACCCGCCCCUGCCCGUCCUGGCCCAUUCACUCAUCGCCCCGCCCUUCGAUCCGUCGCGACCCCUCUCAUUCCGUCCCAUUCCAUCGCAUCCCGUUCCGUCCCCUCUCAUCCCAUUCCGUCCCGUCCCGCCGUCAAGUCCCACUGCCCCACCCGUCGCGUCCCCUCCCGUGCAAUCCCGUUCCAUUGCUUCCCAUCCCAUUCUGUCCCCUCUCGCCCCGCCCUUCCCGUGCCUUCUCGCCUCUGCCCCAUCUCAUUGCUCUCUCUGCAGUCUGGCAUCACGAAUUCACAAUCUCGCUCUUCGUUUUGCUGCUCUGUGA